AUGGCCGAAGCGCGCAGUAUUUCCGAGAUCGUGGAUACGCUGAAGGACCGGGGGGCCAGGUACCUUCGCUUCGAGCUGCCGGAUACCCACGGAACCAGCCGAUCCAAGACCGUGCCCAUCGACAAGGUCCAGGGCUAUGCGAAGCGCGGGCUGAACCUCUACGGCGGCACGCUCGGGCUGGACACCGCCGCCUCGGUCGUCCCCGGCACCGGACUGAACGAGGAGAUCAACUACGCCGACACCAAGCUUUGGCCGGACUUCGCGACGCUGCAGCCCGUGCCCUGGAUCGACGGUCUGUGGAAGGUCAUCUGCGACCUGACUUUCAUUGACGGCACGCCUGUCGAGGCGGCGCCCCGUCAUGUGCUGAAGCGGCUGCUGGAGGAGGCGGCCUCGCUCGGCUUCUCCGUCAAGAUGGGGCACGAAUUCGAGUUCUAUCUGCUCGACGGCGAGACACAGGAGCCCUUCUUCGACGGCCUCCACAUCUUCAACUCGACCCGCAAUCACUGGGUCGAGGGAAUCGAGCCGCUGCUGGAUGCGCUGAUCGCCCAGGACGUUGAUCUGAUCACCCACAACUGCGAAUACGCCGGCAGCCAGUUCGAGAUCAACUUCGGCCCGGGCGUUGGACUGGCCGGUGCCGACAAGGCCUUCACCUUCAAGGCGACGGUCAAGGAGUUCUGCCACCAGCUCGGCUACCAGGCGACCUUCAUGUCGAAGCCCUGGGCCGACCGGGCCGGCUGCGGCUGUCAUGUCCACAUGGGGCUCCUCGAUGCCGACAGCGGCGCCAACGCCUUUCUCGAUCUCGACGAUCCGAAUGGGCUGUCCGGUACGGCCAAGGCCUUCACGGCCGGCAUCCUGACCCACGCCAAGUCGAUGAUGCCGCUGAUCGGGCCGACGCCGAAUUGCUACCACCGCCUGUCCCCUCACACCUUCGCCCCCUCCAACAUCUCCUGGGGCAUCGAGGACCGCACGGCCAUGGUCCGGAUGAAGGCCUCGAAGGACGAUCAAACCCAUCUGGAAAUGCGCGCCGCCAGCGGUCUGUCGAACCCCUAUCUCAGCGCCGCCGCGACUCUCGCCGCCGGCUUGCUCGGGCUCAAGAAAGGCUACGAUCUGCCGGCCGCGGUCGAGGGGCCCUGCGAGGAGGACGAGAGUUUCGAGAAGCUGCCCAAGCGUCUGGACGUCGCGCUUGCCGCCUUGGAAGACGACGCCGAUCUGCGGGCGCUGCUCGGGGAACCCUUCGUCACACUGUUCACGGCGGUGAAGCGCCACGAACUGGCGCGCUUCCACGCGCACGUCACCGACUGGGAGCGCAAGGAGUGCGAGACCGCAGUGUCGAUCAUUUCCGCCUUGAAGACGGCCGAGGCCCACAGCGAACCCUUCGAGCAUUUCAUUCUGAAGGACUGUUUGGAGGAGGGCGCCUGCGAGGCGAUCGACAGGACCGACGUCGAUCACACCGGGGUCUUCGACGGCACGCGUGCAGGCAACAAUCAGGCGCGGCUCUUCAUCGGCAAGGAAAACCUGACGGACUUUCCCUUCCUGCGCUCGACCAUCGAGGAACUGCGCAGCCAGCAAGCUGUGAACCUGCUGCGCGACCGUUACGGCGUCGACGUGGCGGGUCACUACCUGCGUGUGGAGAUCUGCUGCGACCUCGACGGCUUCUGGCUGGAGCCGCACUGCGACAUCGUCGAGAAGAUGGUGACGAUCCAGGUCUACGUGGAUCCCGACGGCCGCCAGCCGGAACUCGGCACCGACUUCUAUACGCCGGAUUUGGCCAAGGCGAAGACCGUGCCCUUCGUCAACAAUCAGGCCUACUGCUUCUUCCCCAAGCCAGGGAAGGACUCCUGGCAUGGUUUCGACAAGCGCCCCAUCGACGGACGCCGCAUGACGGUGCUGAUCAACUACGUGACCUUUCCCACUGAUUGGACCGUCCCGGCUGAGGAUUAG